AUUUGCAUCAAUAUUUUUGUUGUACGUUGCCGAAUCAACACCUAGGGAGUCUGAGCCACGGCCCACGGGUCACCUUUCGUUCGUAGCUACUGCAAAUUUCUAAUAUCCCGGCCGCCUCUUUCUGUCGUUCUUUAUCUGUCCUUUCGGCUGCGUAGAAGACUGGAAAGUAUGGCUGAUGAGGAAGAAAUUCUGCUAGAAGUAGAGGCGGUGCAAGCGGUUUACGGAGAUGAUUGCGCCGUCCUUGAUUCUUUCCCUCCCCAUCUCCACCUCCACAUGAAGCCCAGAACCGCCGAUAUCUCUUCACAACAGUAUCCAGAAGAACCACCCGGUAUCAGCAUCAUCGAGUCCAAGGGCCUUGAUGAACGAAGGCAAAAUGAACUGUUAACAAGUAUAAAGGACAAAGCGCAGGAGCUCACCUCAUGCUUAAUGCUUGUAGCACUUUGCGAGGCAGCAGUGGAGAAGCUUUCGAUCAUGAAUCACCCUGACGGUGAAUGUCCUUUGUGUUUAUAUCCUUUGGUUCUAGAAAAAUUAGAGGGAGAAUCCUUGUCAUUUAUGAAGUUGAUGUCUUGUUUUCAUUGCUUUCACAGUGAAUGCAUUAUAAGAUGGUGGGCUUGGCUUCAAAAGCAGAAGGAGCACACCAGUGCAUCAUCUGCCACUACGCCGCAGCGAAUCAGACCAGGAAAUAAGAUGGGAACAGAUGACAGCAUGGGGAAAUGUCCAGUUUGUCGGAAGAGUUUUCAUGCCAAGGAUUUGGAACAUGUUCUUGACUUGGUUGGAACUCAUUCCUCUCGACUGAGUUCGAACAACAAUGGACCUAAGGAUGAUGAUGAUGUUGAUGAUAAUGAUGAUGAUAAUCUGAAGGUGUUCGACUCUCAGUCGGAGCAUACUAGAAGAGAGAAAUUUGAUGCUAUACUAAAAUUACAAGAAGAAUGCAACGGCCUGAUAGAACCGAAAAAGAGUAUAGUGGUUUUGCCUGGCAUGUUUCUUCCACGGCCUCUGGCAGCGCCUACUCCUUCAUCAAAUGAAGAAACCAUAGAUCAAGAACCAAGAGAAGCUCCACCUCUCUCUGGGAAUUUUUCUCGUAAUACUUCAGGCCGAGCUGAUGGCUUUGCGAAGCGUCGGAACCCUAACAGGAGGAACCGGAAUCCACAGAGCUCACAAACACAGGCCAGACAUUGGGUGAGGAAAGAGAAUGGUACUUCAAGCUGAGUACCUUUCGUAUAUAAAACUUUCUUAGGACUAAUGGGGCUCAUUAUUUAUCAUCCCAUCGUUGUUUGGCUAUUUCUUUUUCAUUCCAGAAACUAUCAUAGUUUCGUAAGUGGUAUAAAUGGAGCCAUGCUCCGACCCCAUGGCUUAUUUGUGAGACUUGACUUGUGGUUUAUCUGUUGUUUGUUGGGUGAUCUGUGUCCUAGAUCGUAAUCUCUGAUUCUUUCAUUAAAAAAAAAA